CACCUGAGAGAGAAAAAAAAGCCUGUGCCUCUGCUGUUAGAUCAAGAUUACGUUAACUUAAAGAAUCAAAUUAUAAAGGCGGAAAGGCGGGUUCUCAAAGAGCUGGGUUUCUGUGUCCACGUGAAGCACCCUCACAAGGUGGGUAUGCAGCCCAGCUGCCACGUCAGCCCUCCUGAGUCCCUGCUCUGUUCUUACCCAGAUUAGAAACUGAAGAGGACUGAAUGUCCUUGACUUGGUUUUCCAGUUUAUAUUUCUCAUCUGAAAAUGACUGUUUGCUCAUUAGCCUUCCUGUAUCAUGAUAAUUUUAAUAGUGUGUUUUUAAGAGUUUUGGGAAUUAUAUUUUUUAAGUUUGAGCUUUCAGAAAUAGUGAUGAACCUGUAAAAAUGCAGUCUGUCAGUUUACAUUUUCUUUUCUCAACAGAUAAUUUUCUAAAGUAGCUUUAGUGUUAACCUUAUUUCUUGUUAUGGAAGGACUGGAGAAUUCCGGGCCCUUUCAUGUGGAAACGCACUAACAUGGCGCUGCAGGCUGCUCUGGUUUAGAAGCACGCAGUGCCGCGUGUACCUUCCACGUUAACUCAGACACAGGGCUUGUUUUCUUUUUUUUCAAAGAGUGCUAUUUUCAAGUUUCCAUCCCCCUUUUAUUGGCGGUUUCCUCAUAUCUCUCUUGCUUGUGUGACUUUCUGGCAUUAAUUCAAAUUCUUGGUAAAUUACUCCCCAUAGAUUUAAGAGCUUUUUCUUCAUUUGCUGAAAGUGUUUUCAUACCAUGUUUUGUGUAAGUUGGCGACUGGGGUACGGAAAUGUUCAGGGCAGGCUAAGCUUCCUGGUGGAAAAUGUGUCGAAGACAAGAAUGAGCAUCAGCCGUGCACCGGCAGGACCAACUACGGUGCAGCUAGGUCCUCACGCGCUUUCGUGGUGCCUGGCUGCAAAAGCAGGUGGCAAGCGCGUCCGCAGAAACUGCCCUCCAGCCGAGCUGUGCAGCAGGCGUGUGACCAGGAGCCAGCCCUGGGAUCUAGCCUGAGGCUCUUAUUUGCUGCAUGGACGCCCUCAAGAUCUGAAUUCUGGGUUCCCACGGUUCUUGGUAAUAACUGCCUGACCCGUAUCUUCCAGAUAAUCGUUAUGUACCUUCAGGUGUUAGAGUGUGAGCGUAACCAACACCUGGUCCAGACCUCAUGGGUAGCCUCUGAGGGUAAGUGACUAAGACUUCUCCUCUACUGUCCAAGCGCUUUGGUGCAGGGACAGCGGCCGUCCUCAGCCAACCCAGUGCAGGCUCCACCGAAGGCCGGCUCUAGACGGUGGUGUGCGCGCGGCAGUGUAGUGCUGGCCGACUGCUGCCGUGGCUCUGACGGUUGUGCUUCUUGUUAACCUGUCGUGCUUUGGUAAUUGUAUGACUAGAGUGAUAACUGUCUUGACUUGAAUUUUGUCCUUUAAAACUGCCGUACCUGUGCAAUAAAGAUGCAAUACCUUUGUCUUUAAAAAAUAAAACAACAACAAAAACCUCUACAGAAAGCUGUACAAAUUGGCUGAUGGGAACUCAGAGUUUAGUAUGGGAGGAUAUUAUUAUUUCUGGAAGUGCUAAAGUUACUCUUUCCAGCACCUAAGUGUUGACACAUUCUAGUAAAAGGUGUGCAUCUUUAAAUAAUUUAAUGACACUUUGUUGUAACUUAUUUCAAAUAUAGCAGUUAAGUUUAAGUAUAUGUUUUGAGGACUUUGUUUUUUUUUUAGAACCUAAAAGUUCUAUUUGAGUGUUAAAAAUAUUUUUUUAUUAGAACCAAAAAGUUACUGAUGGUUAUGUUUAUAUAAAAUGUUUGAACUUGUUUACUUGCAACUCUUUGGGACAUUUGGCCUUGGCACCAUCACACUGGCUUUUCUUUGGUCACCUCUUGGUUCCUGGAGCAGAGCUUCAGAGCCAGGUGCUGCCAGUGGCAUAUAUAGAAUUUAUCACUGAGAAAUCUCUCCUUGGGUUUGUACAUCAGUUUAUCUGGGAUUUAGGGCAGAGAUAACUGGGGGUCGGAGUGGGGAGGUUCAGUCAGAUCCCAGCAUGACAUGGCUCACCUGGGGGUGUGCCUGUCACUGGGGUGUGUGAGCACUAGAUAUAUGACCUAUUCAGCUGUUUUCUUGUGGAAUUGAUCUUCUGUUUUUGCAAUAUUGAUAAAGUUAAUGAGAGAUCUGAUUUCGGUCUAGUAAAUCUUAAAGAAAUAUAUUUAUAUGAAAAUGUUGAAAAUGUAGCCAAUUUUAAAACUCUUUAACUUUUUAAAAAAUGCAAGUGUUUUGUAUUUUUGUAUGUUUUAAAAUACGAUAAAGUUUUUAAAAUGUACUGACUGUGAUGAAACUUGUAUUUUGUUCUUUUAUCUGCUCUUAUGAAUGUUCACUUUAAGACUCCUUGUUGAGAUGGGACAAUUUGGAAACAAUUCUUUCAUAACCCUGAGAAGAGGGUUUCCCUCUGGGCAUUGAGCCCUCCUCUGCAGACGCUCCCGUGCACCCACGGGCAUUUCCCCUUUGCGAGUGGACUCCGUGUUGAAGAAGGCGGCCAGGCUGUGAACACCUCUUCAAGGAAAAGGACACAAGAGGACCUCUUGGCUCAGAAAGGCCCUUGCAGGCUUUGUGCUCAGCCCAUUCUUUUGAGUUUGCAUGUUUCUCUGCACUACGGAUUUUGAGCAUUUAGGGCUCCUUAAUCAAACACGUUGAACUGCCACAGUAGACAUCUUUCUGAGGCACUGACUUUUGCAUGAGAGCAGGCCAGAGGUUGAGAGGGAAAAGUAAAGUUAAACUUGGUUCUCUUUUAUAGCAACACGUGUUGUCUGACAUUCAGCCAGCUUUUAAAAUUUUUUUCAGUAAUUUCCCUGUCCUCCUGUCCUGUAUUCAGAAAAAGCAGCUGGACUGUUUCUCCAUGAACUUGUGAGGUUCCCAGGACUGUCUAGCUUUAAGGCCUGGCAGUAGACUACGUAGGGGAGUAGUGACUUUAUGUAGAUGAUGCAGAUGGGUAUCGUGGGCUGCCCUGGGGUGUUGCAAUUCUUCCUGCGUUUGGUUUUCAGGAAUUACAUGAAUGAUAGCCUGCGCACAGAUGUUUUUGUGAGGUUUCAGCCUGAGAGCAUCGCCUGUGCCUGCAUUUAUCUCGCCGCCCGGACGCUGGAGAUCCCUCUGCCCAAUCGUCCCCAUUGGUUCCUUUUGUUUGGAGCAACUGAAGAAGAAAUUCAAGAAAUCUGCUUGAAAAUCCUGCAGCUCUAUACUCGCAAGAAGGUUGACCUGACACACCUGGAGGGUGAGGUGGAGAAGCGCAGGCAUGCCCUCGACGAGGCCAAGGCACAGGCCAAGGGCCUCCUCCCCGGCAGCGCCCAGGUGCUGGACAGCGCAUCACGGUUCUCACCUGCCCCCAAGCUGGCAGAGUCUCCCAAAGAGGGGAAAGGAAGCAAGCCUUCCCCGCUCUCUGUGAAGAAUACCAAGAGGAAAAUGGAGGGGGUGAAGAAAGCCAAGGUGGAUAGCCCAGUGAAUGGCUUGCCGAAGGGGCGCGGGAGUCGCAGUCGGAGUGGGAGUCACGAGCAGAGCUACUCGAGGUCCCCAUCGCGAUCUGCUUCUCCCAAGAGGAGGAAAAGCGACAGCGGCUCCACAUCUGGCGGGUCCAAGUCACAGAGCCGCUCACGAAGCCGGAGUGACUCCCCACCGAGACAGGCACACCGAGGUGCUCCCUACAAAGGCUCCAAGGUGAGAAGCUACCGAAAGUCCAAGGACUGCAAGUACUCCGCCCAGAAGCCUCACGCGUCUCGGAGCCGGAGUUCCUCCCGCUCCCGAAGCCGCUCACGGGAGCGGGCAGACAAUUCAGGAAAGUACAAGAAGAAAAGUCACUACUGUAGGGAUCAGCGGCAGGAGCGGUCCCGGUCUUAUGAGCGCGCAGGCCGCCGCUACGAGCGCGACCACCCCGGGCACAGCAGGCACCGCAGGUGAGGCGUGGGGUCUUCACUGAGGGCUGCUCUCUGGCCCUCGGUAUGCACCCCUCGGCGUGACCGGCCCUGGGCUGCAACUUCGUGGAAAUGGUGUUGACACUGGGCUUUGCGAUGAACUUGGAGAUGGAGUCAAGAGGCCGGCAGGGUGCCCUUUGGGUUAGCCUGGGCCCAGCCCACACCUGGUGGCAGCACAGCCCUGUGCCUGUGGAAGCCAAGGCAGGUGCGCUGUCCUGGUGGUGCGGCUUGGUGCUAAUGAGACUGUCCCUUCACUCCCACACCAAGGCCCAAUUACGUCAAAUCGAGAAAAUGACUUUUCGAACCUUUGCCUAUAUUAGGUUGUACCUACAUUUGGACUUCACAGUGUUUCACGGUGAGAAAACGGCCUUAACAGCCCCUUAUUCUCUGUCCAUGUUGUAAAUAAAUGUGUUCAGUAUGAGUUAAAGCUAUAUAUGAAAACUCAGAACUUGAAUUCUGUCAGCUUAAAACUUGUGUAGAGAAUUUUGAUUUUUAAAAUGUGAAGGUAUUUAGAUCUGUGUUGAAAGUCAUAUAUUUUUAUCUGUGUGAUGCUGAGUGCAGGCCACCAGCUCCUAAAUAGAGAAGUUUCCUAUAUACGCAUUUUCCGUGGUUGAAAAACACAAUUCUCUCUACUCAGGACAUUGGGAACGUUAAAGAAUUUGUAGUCUGUGCUCUGCUUGCUUGUCACCGUGCACGGCCCGCGGUACCCGUUCUAGUGGUGCGUCUGCGCUGCCGCCUCUGAUCUCAUUAAAGUGUUGGAUUUUGUAUUGA